AUGCUUAAGAGAGUUGAGGAGGAUGAUAUGGAUAUGCGAAUCCGAAGAAUAUCCUUUGGGCUUCUAUCUCCACGGGAAAUUUCUAGCUUGUCUGUACACGAGAUUUCGAGCAAAGACCUAUAUGACAUAAGUACAAGAAUACCUCUGCCAAAUGGGCCUUUAGACCUAAGACUAGGUGUUGGAAACAAGAAAGACAAGUGUGCAACGUGUGGAGAAGGGCUUGCAACGUGUAUCGGACAUUUUGGAGAAGUAAGAUUGGCGCUUCCGAUUUUCAAUGUGGGAUUGAUUAAGAAUACGAUUUCUACGUUGAACUGUCUUUGCAAAAGCUGUGGAUCCAUUCUCCUUGGUGAAAAGAAGAAGAUAUAUUUCAAAAGAAAACUAAGAGAAAGUACUGGAGGAAAUGACACUAGAUUGAUUUUAAGGAAGGUGAUUGCUGAGUGUAAGAAAGCUAACAUGUGUUUUGUAUGUUCUUCUAGAAACGGGCAGGUCAAAAAAACAUUUGGAUUUAGAAUAGCACAUGAGAUUGAAGAUUCGGAAAGGAAAAAGAGGGAUAAGGACGGCAAAGGACCUGGGGGGUAUUUUCCCCACCAUGAAGAAAUGAAUCCUUUAAUGGCACUUAAUAUAUUUAAGAUGAUGAAAGAGGAUGAUUACGAGUUACUUGGGUUUUCAGAAUCACCUGACCGGCUUAUAAUACAAAAUGUUAUAGUUCCUCCGUCCUGUAUUCGACCAAGCGUGUCUAUGGAUGAUGAGGGAACAAAUGAGGAUGAUAUAACAAUUAAGAUAAGUGAAAUUGUACACACAAACAAAAUAUUGAAAGAAGGGAUAGAGAAGGGAAACCCAUUAAAUCUCAUUAACGAGGAUUGGGACCAUCUCCAACUCCAGUGUGCAUUACUCAUCAAUUCUGAACUUCCACAAGUUGGGAUUCCUGGACAACCAGUGAGAGGGAUAGUUCAAAGGCUUAAGGGAAAGAACGGAAGGUUUAGAUGUAAUUUAAGUGGGAAAAGAGUUGACUUCAGCGGAAGAACCGUUAUUUCUCCCGACCCGAAUCUAAGUAUUGAGGAAGUAGGGAUACCUGAAAGAAUGGCGAAAAUAUUAACUAUUUCUGAAAAGGUCACGAGGUUCAACAAGGAGAAGCUACAAUCCUUGGUAUUGAAUGGGCCUGAAAAAUAUCCUGGAGCCAACUAUGUGGUUGGAGAAAAAUUCAAGAGGUUUUUGAUGUACGGCAAAAGAGAUGCUGAGCUCAAGUAUGGCGAAGUUGUUGAGCGACAUUUACUAGAUGGAGAUAUGAUUCUAUUUAAUAGACAGCCUUCUCUUCAUCGGAUGAGCAUUAUGUCCCACAAAGUUAAGAUUCAUAAUAAUAAGACUCUCAGAUUCAACGAGUGUGUUUGUACACCAUAUAAUGCAGAUUUUGAUGGGGAUGAGAUGAAUGUUCACGUUCCUCAGACAGAGAAAGCUCGCGCUGAAGCAUCUAUUUUAAUGUCUGUUUCCAAUAAUAUUGUCACGCCGAGGCAUGGAGAGCCCAUUAUAGCACCUACACAAGAUUUCAUUACCGGACUGUACUUGAUAACUGGAAAAGAUACGUUUUUUGACAGAGAAAGAUUUGGACAGCUUGUAAGCUAUUUUUCUGGAACAAGGGUUAAUAUAAAACCGGCCAUAAGGAGGCCAGUGGAGCUAUUUACUGGAAAACAGCUAAUAGAAGCGCUUAUUAAAGAUUCAUUUGGUGGAAUCAAAGAAAGGAGUACUGAGUAUCAAGAUAAAAGUAUUUCUCUUAUAGGAAAGAAUAGAUCAUUCAAAUCACGUAAUGAUCCUAACGAUGGAAAUGUGAUAAUUCUGGAUAAUUCCUAUUAUUUUGGACGUCUUGACAAGUCGAUAAUAGGAGGAGAAAACAAGAAGAAUAGCCUGAUAUAUGCUAUAAUGAAGGUAAGUAAUAAAGCUGCAGUAAGAGUUAUGAAUAGUAUAACAAAGUUGUGUUCGAGAUACCUUGGAGAAGUUGGGUUUAGCAUAGGGCUUGAUGAUGUACAACCAGGGCCAAUAUUAAGGAAGAAGAAAGAAAUGGUUGUCGGUAAGGGAUAUUCAGAAUGCGAGAGCAAGAUACUAGAAUAUUCAAAGAAGUCUGAAUCUAAUGAAGAGGUUCUAGAAAUGGAAAUAUCUUCUAUUCUCAACCGAAUUAGGGAGGAGUGUGGAUCAAUAUGCAUAAAGGAACUGAGCAUUAGAAACUCUCCAAACACUAUGCAAGCGUGUGGAUCAAAGGGGUCGAAGAUUAAUGUUUCUCAGAUGGUUGCUUGUGUAGGACAACAGAUUGUAAGUGGAACUAGGAUUCCAAAUGGAAUGGACGACAGAUGCCUCCCCCAUUUCCCAAGAGGAUGCAGAACACCGGAAUCGAAAGGAUUUGUAUUGAACUCCUUCUUUGAUGGAUUAACAUCUCCCGAGUUCUUUUUCCAUGCGGUAAGUGGUAGAGAGGGGCUCGUUGAUACGGCUGUGAAGACAGCUGAAACGGGAUACAUGCAGAGGCGUCUAAUGAAGGCGCUUGAAGACCUGAGCAUUCAGUAUGACGGGAGUGUGAGAAACUCAAGCAUGGAAGUGGUUCAAUUUGCUUUUGGAGAAGACCAAAUAGAUCCUGUAAUGUCUGAGGGGGAUGACCCUAUUAACCUCGAGAGGGUGUUCCUACAAACCAAGUCCAAGUUCCUGCGAAGUCUCAAUUCUGGACAAGGCCCGUGUCUUUUUCAACUAGAAGAAUGGGAUUCUAUUGAUAAUCUCAAGAGAUCGAUACCUAAGGGAUAUCCUGUUGAGCGUAUAGUUAACAAAAGAUUCAUAGAAACUCUUCUGGGGUUUAUUGAAUCAAAACGUGGAGAUAAGUUUCCUCUUAAUGGGACUUUUUAUUCAUAUUUUUCAUGUAAUGAUUUUGCAAAAAUAUUCUUCUCCGCAAUAUCUCAGAAAAUGAUAGAUUUAAUAAUUGAGCCUGGAACAACGGUUGGCGCAAUAGCUGGGCAAAGCAUUGGAGAGCCAGGAACUCAGAUGACGUUGAAGACGUUCCAUUUUGCCGGGGUUGCCAGCAUGAAUAUAACUCUCGGAGUUCCUCGACUGAAAGAGAUAAUCAAUGCUGUUUGCAACAUCAGUACACCCAUUAUAAAUGCAGAAUUGUCCGACCCAAAUGACCUAUUUCGAGCUGAGGUUAUAAAGGGCCGAAUCGAUAAGAUUUCUUUGAAGGAUAUAUGCUGUUUGAUAACAGAAGUUAUUGGAAAAGAUGAAAUCUUCCUAGAUAUAACCAUAGAUCUAGAAAGCCUUUCUCGCUUAAAGCUAAAUCUGGACAUCUACAAGAUUGAGAAAUCUUUAAGCAUUCACGACCAAACGGAAGUUAUAGGUGAGAAUUCUCUGAGAAUACAUGUUAAGAAGAUUAAUGACCAAAGCUACUUCAACCUUCAAAAAAUUAAGAAGAAGCUAUUAGGCACAAAGAUAUGUGGUGCUCCACAAGUUAGCAGGGUGAUUAUUAACAGCAAUAGAGGCCACUAUAGUCUUGUAAUUGAAGGCCGUGGGUUAUUAAAUGUCAUAAAUACAGAUGGCAUAAAAAGCAGUACAACAACUAGCAACAGCGUAACAGAGGUAGAAGAGGUAUUAGGAAUCGAAGCAGCAAGGGCUCAGAUAAUCCACGAGAUUGAAUACACUAUAAGCAAUCAUGGGAUCAAAAUAGAUCCAAGGCAUAUAAUGCUUCUUGCAGAUACAAUGACAUAUAGAGGAGAGGUGUUUGGAAUAACAAGAUUCGGAAUUUCGAAGAUGUCGAGAUCCACUCUUAUGCUAGCAUCUUUUGAGCAGACAAGUGACUAUUUGUUUGAAGCAGCCGUCCAAAGCAAAUCAGAUGAGAUAUGCGGGGUUAGUGAGUCUAUAAUUCUUGGGAUCCCUAUUUGCAUCGGGACCGGAUCCAUGGAUUUGUUCUGGAACAAUAGAGUCUAG